AUGACCGUUCCUCAUUUUUAUUUUAUUUUUUCUAGUUUGGAUAAUGGUAAUUGGGGGAGUUGUCUUUGGAAGGUCUUAGGACUUACACACAGUGUGCAUGUUUUAAAUUCGUGUGAUACCGCAGCAACGAAGGUAUCAAAAGCAUCUGAAAACGAUCCCACUGAAGAGGAAGCCAGUGGUGCUGCAGAUAAAAGCAUAGUUAAGCUGACAAAGGCUGAAAGGAGGGCAAAGUUAAAGAAAAGUAAGAAAGAGGCUGAACCCGAAGUUGAACAAACUCCACAAGAAGCAGUGCUGGCUGAGGUUAAAGAAGAUCUUACAGCUGAUGAAGCCUUUGAAAGUAAGAAGAACAAACUUGCAGAACUGGGAAUUGCGCUGCUUGCUGAUCUAACUUCCAAUACAAAAUCUCUGAAGGAGAUAUUACAGAUCUGUAAAGAUAACAAUCAUGCCAUUGUCAAACUUGGACUCCUAUCUCUGUUGGCUGUUUAUAAAGACCUUAUUCCUGGAAUUUACAUUUCAACAGAAGCAACUGUGGAGGCUGUUCGAUUAAUUGAGGAUCAUGUGAAAGCUCAUAAUUGCCAAUUACACCCUGACUCUGUGGAGGUUUUCUUGUCUCUGUCAUUCGAUGAGGAUCUUGGGAAGGCUGCAAGAAAUGAUGAGAAACAUAAACCACAAAGCAAGAAAAGUAAGAAGAAAAAGCAUUAUGAGGAGGCACGUCAAUUGAAGGAAAAUGACAAAAAAAGGAGUAGGCAAGAGUUAUUGACGAAGACAAGAGAGGAGGUUGCUGCUGAUUACAAGGCUGUUGCUUUGGCCCCAGAUGUUAUGGAGCGGAGAGGAAUGCAGACAGAGGCACUUUCUGCUGUAUUUGAAACAUAUUUUCGCAUAUUGAAACAUACAAUGCAGUCAUCAGCUUCCAGAUCCGAAGCAAAUGCUAGUUUAUCUACUGGUGCAUCUGAGCCCCACCCUUUACUUGCUCCGUGUCUGAAAGGAUUAGGAAAAUUCUCGCAUCUAAUUGACAUGGAUUUCAUGGGGGAUCUUAUAAACUAUCUGAAAAAGCUUGCUUCUGGUGGUAGCGAUUCUGAGAAUACUUCAAAAUGUUUGACUGUAUCUGAGCGCCUCCGUUGCUGCAUUGUUGCAUUUAAAGUGAUGAAGAGCAAUCUUGAUGCCUUAAAUGUUGAUCUGCAGGACUUCUUUGUUCAGCUUUACAAUAUUAUACUUGAAUAUAGGCCUGGAAGAGAUCAGGGCGAAGUAUUAGCUGAAGCUUUGAAGAUAAUGCUGUGUGAAGAUAGACAACAUGACAUGCAGAAGGCUGCUGCAUUUGUAAAGCGUUUGGCCACAUUCUCAUUAUGUUCCGGAUCCGCAGAGUCCAUGGCUGGUAUGUUAUUGUUUAGAAACAAAGCUAUCAAUAUCUUGUUGUGGAUUUCUUAUUCCUGUCCCCCAUAUUGUUAG